AACAAUACUACACUUCAUUAAAAUGUAUUUGAGCAUUUAAACAUAAUUGUUACAGUGUUGUAUUCAUCUUGUUUAUCAUGGGACAAAUAGUAUGAUGCCAGAUCAUAGCCUGAUUUGGGCCACAUAUCACUGGAGUGAUCUGGGCCACACUCUUUCCACCAUCAAUCGCCCCUCAGAUCCACGCCGUGCCGCCACACAUGGCCCAGCUCUGGCUGAAAGGGUACAUGCCAUUGCCGACAGGAGGCCAGCAGUGCCAGCUUGGGCCAACUCCGUUUGCUAUGUGUGUAUGAAUAGAGAGCGAAUGAGAGAGAGAGAGAAUGUACCAUGUGUAGAACAUUUUAGUUCAAGGUAAAUUGUGAUAUGUGUAAGAUAUCAAUCUACUUUCAACACCGAUAGUUUUGUCUGUUUGUGUCCGCCUAUUAAGCUCUUGGUCGUUCAGGUCCAUGUGUACCGUAUCUAAGCGCAGAGCGGCUGUGUGUGUGUGUGUGUGUGUGUGUGUGUGUGUGUGUAUGUGUGUGGGAUGGGCCGCUGCAGUAGCGCUGAAGAGAGACCAGACUGGUCGAGCUCGAGCUGCUCAUCCACACACUGCUAGUGUCAUCUCACGCGAGGACAGAGAGAAUGCGCUGACCUCCCCAUCCACGACCCGGCGAAAGGACGAGGACAUGUGUUAGAGGACCCAUAAUGAACCGCACUGAGAUGGAGAUGUCAGGACCAGGUGUGAGCCGAAACAGUCGCACGGUGAAGAGGAGACGGUGGGGAAGACUGAGGCAGCAAUGGAAACUGCUGGGUCUGUUUGAGAUCGAUCAGCAGCAUGAGUUCUACAGUCUCACCUGUAUGAUGAAGGAAGGGCUGUGUGCUGCUGUGCAGAACACCAUUGACAACCCUUUACCUGAUGAGCUGUCAGAGGAUGACUAUACUCUUGAAGUAACUCAAAUCCAUAAGGACUUCAGGAUGGAGACGUAUGCUGGGCCGGUGUUUGCCAGUCUGCGGCGCUCCCUGGGGAUGACAGAGAAGGAAUAUCAGCAGUCCCUCUCGUCAGAAGGCAGCUACCUGCAAUUCAUCAGCAAUUCUAAGAGCAAGGCAGACUUCUUCCUAACUAAUGACAAGCGGUUCUUCUUAAAGACACAGAGUAAAAGAGAAGUGCGAUUUCUCUUGUCUAACCUACGAAUCUACAUGGAACAUCUGGAGAAGUACCCACACUCUCUGCUUGUCAAAUUUUUAGGUGUUCACAGGAUCAAAAUAGCACAUCAGAGGAUGAAGUAUUUUAUUGUGAUGCAAAGUGUCUUUUACCCUGAUGACAGAAUCACAGCGAGGUAUGAUAUAAAAGGCUGUGAGGUGAGCCGGUGGACAGACCCAGCCCCUGAAGGCAGCCAGAUCAUUGUUGUUUUGAAGGAUCUUAAUUUUGAAGGACAGUUCAUUCAGUUAGACCAGCAACGCCCUUGGCUCCUGCGUCAGGUGGAGAUUGAUACUGCCUUUCUUCAGACCCUCAAUGUGUUGGACUACAGUCUCCUGCUUGCCCAUCAGCCCCUGCACCAGGAUGAACUCAGCCAGAGUCUUUCUUUCGCAACUCUCAUCAUGCGUGCCAAAAAGUCAGUAAAUGCAACAUCCAGUCCUACACAUGCCACUUCACCAACUGUUCCCGGGACAGUGGCAGAGGAAGACUCCACACUCCUCUCCUCAGAAUUAAAUACAGCACAAGGUCACGUAACAGAAAUGCACAGUGGUAAUUGUUCAACGGACAUCGCAAGUCCUGAGGAAGACAAAAUUGAGCAACAAAGUAGGAUGGGAACAGAGUCAGCCGAUCUACAAACGUUCCACUCCCAGAACAGGAGACUGCUUCCUAACUUCAGAAACCCGCUUCAUGUCAUUGAUGGAUCCGAGCAGCGUUACUUCAUUGGGAUAAUUGAUAUCUUCACUGUUUAUGGUUUCAAAAAGAGGCUUGAGCAUCUGUGGAAAAGACUGAGACACCCACGACAAUCAUUCUCCACAGUCAGUCCUCCAGCUUACUGUCACAGGCUGUGCCAGUGGGUUCAGGACCAUACCAAAUAAAAUUAGAGAGCUUGGAUGACA